UCUGUAGCAACAAUUACAUUUUGUUGCAGAAAGGAGUUGUCGACGCUACAAAAGGAAUGAUCAUUCAAGCAAUUGCAAACAAGCUUGACAUGGAGAAGCUGUGCACCGACUCUUACAAGACAUUUCAAAUAGCAGAUUUUGGUUGUUCUAUCGGACCAAACACAUUUUUCUCCAUGCAAAACAUUAUAGAAGCUGUGGAGCAAAGGCACCACGCCGACCAUGGAAAUUCUGCAACGACUCUGGAGUUUCAAGUCUUCUUCAAUGAUCACUUGAGCAACGAUUUCAACACACUUUUCCAAGCUCUCCCUCCUUCGCGGCCAUACUUCGCUGCUGGAGUACCUGGUUCAUUUUACGGGCGCUUAUUCCCAACAUCCUCUAUCCAUAUUGGACAUUCCUCUAGUGCACUGCAAUGGCUCUCCAAAGUUCCGGAAGAAGUUGUUGAUAGCAGUUCCCCAGCCUGGAAUAAAGGAAGCAUAUAUUGCACUGGAACAGAAAAAGAAGUUGCUAAAGCUUUUUCAGGUCAGUUUGAGAAUGAUGUGGAGACUUUCCUGAAUGCGAGAGCUGAAGAGCUUGUGGGUGGAGGAUUGAUGGUAAUCCUUAUGGGUGGAGUUCCAGACGGAAUCUCUCUAUCUCAGACUUCGAUCGGCAAAUUUUAUGAUUUUUUUGGAUCUUGCCUCGUGGAUUUGACAAAGAAGGGAUUAAUCAGUGAAGAAAAGGCCAACUCUUUCAAUUUGCCCCUAUACUUUCCAUCCGCGAAGGAGUUGAAGACAUUGAUUGAGAGGAAUGGGCGUUUUAGCAUCGAGAGCAUGGAUGAGAUAGUAGAACAGGUGAAGAGUGCGCAUGCCUUGCCUAAUACCCAAAACCAUAUAUCGCACAUAAGAGCUGGAACUGAAGGAUUGAUCAAACUUCAUCUCGGGACCGAGAUCGUGGAAGAUUUCUUCGAAUGCUAUGCCAAAAAACACGUAGAGACUCGCUUCGUCUUCGCAGAAAAUGGGGCUGACAAUACUCUAAUAUUUAUGAUUCUCAAGCGCAAGUAA